CUUUUGAGCUUAGUAUUAUUAAAUCUACUGAAGCAUAUCAUAUUUCAGGUUUUUUGAUCUGCUAUUGUUGAAUUGAUUGUUUUCAUCUGAGGUUUCCCUACUUGAAAUUGGACUCUGCUGAAUCGCAACUAAAUCAUAGGAAGCUGCGCUUCUCCUGCUGAGUAACCACGCUUCCCGAUUCCAUCAAUUGUUCUCUAGAAGCUCAAAUCUUACCCUGACCAUCAGGAAUUGGACUACUUAAUUUUCUCAGUUUCUAGAAAAUAUUAGCUUUUCUCCUCUCUGCAGUAUAAAACAGCAGUGCAGUGUCAAUUAAAUUGAAAAGAUAAUAUACAAAAAACUAGCUCUGAAGAUGACGUACAGUUUUGAACAGAGAGGAUCUCUCUACUCGGACUCAUUUAGACUCUACCUCACUAAAGAUGGCCAGUAUAUCUCCCCCUUCCACGACAUUCCACUCUAUCCUGACGCGGGAGAGGGGGGACUGGUGUUGAAUAUGGUGGUGGAAGUGUUAAGGUACACUAAUGCGAAGAUGGAGAUCAACAAGGAGCUGAAGCUGAAUCCAAUUAAACAGGAUGUCAAGAAGGGCAAGAUGCGCUUUAUCGCAAACGUGUUUCCCAACAAGGGCUACCCCUGGAACUACGGGGCAUUUCCGCAGACGUGGGAGGACCCUAAGAAUGUGGACCAGCACACUGGCUUCAACGGGGACAAUGACCCCCUGGACGUGUGUGAGAUCAGUGACAUCAUCCCCCCUGCAGGCAGUGUCAUUCAGGUCAAGGUGCUGGGCAUACUUGCCAUGAUUGACGAGGGCGAGACGGACUGGAAGGUGAUUGCAAUCAACACGGCAGAUCCGAAGAUCAGUGAGUACACAAACAUACAGGAUGUAGAAAGGAUGAAGCCAGGACUGCUCAAGAGAACUGUCGAAUGGUUCAAGUACUACAAGGUUCCAGAUGGUAAGCCAGUGAAUCAGUUCGCAUUUAAUGAAGAAUUCAAAGACCAGCAGUUUGCAGCAGAGAUAGUGAAACACACACACGCUUCGUGGAAGAGUCUAAUAGCAAAAGAAGUGGACAACGCUGGAAUCUCAUUGGCCAAUACUACUAUCCAAUUGUCAUCCGAGAAGAUACCGCAAGAGGGCGCCAAAGAGCUUGUCAGCCAACAGGCGCCAAAGAGUGAAGCGAGUCCUUUGCCGGCUACUAUAAAUGACUUGUUUUAUGUCCCCACGGGAAUCUGACUCGUCAAUUAUUCUCACUUGUAGCUCAAAAUUCAUCUCAUCUGGAAAAGAACUGAAACUCUUGGAAAUGUCUGAAAUUGGUGUCUAUUUUUUUCUGGUGUAAUGGAUGAUGAUAGAUUGUAAUGUUUAUUGGAAACUAUUGUACAUUUUUGGUUCCGUCAGUAUAAAAAAGCAUGAAUGUCU